AUGUCCGCGUGGGCGGUGGACAUCCUGCUUUUAAACGCGCUCAUGCACACCCGGAACGGCGGCCUGCGAAGAAACAAUGCUGCAGGCGAAUACAGCGUUUAUCCCAGCUUGACCCAUGAUUGGUCCGACUUGGUCAACAUCCGAGAUCCCAAUGCUGCGGCAACAUUAGCUUUGCCCUAUACGUUCAUCGCUAUAGCCGUCUUCGGCUGUCAGACCGGUUUUGAUACUAAUCUUCGCAGUGGACAGUAUGCGGAGCUGCUCACCUUUUGA